GUAUGUAAACAAUCACAACCAAGUGAAAUUCGCCUUAAUUAGUUUCCCAACAAUUAAAUAAUAUAUUAAGUGAAAGCAAAACUAUUACUUUAGUUUAAUUGCCCGCCGGGGAGCACAAACAUGGAUGGACGAAAACUGCUGCAACCUGUGAGGGCAACAAAUCCUAUUGUCUUCAUGGACAUUGAUAUUGGCCAGGAGGAUGCGGGACGCAUGGUAAUUGAGCUGCGCAAGGAUGUUGUGCCAAAGACAGCGGAAAAUUUCCGGGCCCUGUGUACGGGAGAGUGCGGAAUAGGGCAGCUCGGACAGCCGCUGCACUACAAGGGCAACCGUUUUCACAGAAUCAAGCGGGUGUUCGCUGCGCAGAGUGGGGAUGUGGUUAAGAACGAUGGCACCAGCGGCGAGAGUAUUUAUGGGCCUGUAUUCGAGGACGAAAACUUUCAGCUCACGCACAACGAGGAAGGGGUGGUGAGCAUGGCCAACUAUGGCACCCCAAACACCAACAACUCACAGUUCUUCGUAACGGCCGUGGGUUGCGAAAAUCUAAACGGAAUCAAUGUGGUUGUAGGCCGCGUGCUGCGCGGUCUGGGUGUCGUAGCCGAAAUGGAACUGAACUGCAACGACGAGGGAGAUCCCACGGCGGAGAUUGUGAUAAGGAACUGCGGUGAACUGGCGCAAGGCGAGGACUGGGGCAUCGAGUGCAGCGACGAGACUCCAGACAAGCUCCCGCCCUACCCAAUGGACUGGACGGGCAAGUCCGAUAAGUACACAUCCGACGAAGCAGUGGAUCUGCUGACGGGCGUUCGCCAAUCGGGCAAUCACUUCUAUCAGUUGGGUCGUUAUCACGAAGCUCGUGCCAAAUACCGCAAGGCAAAUCGCUACUACCAUUACCUGAGCAACCAGUUCGGCUGGCAGCCACUGAGAAACGUUAAAAAGACCUCCAACGAUGCGAGUAUGAGAAAACUUGAAGCUUUUUUUACGGUCAACAGCAUCAACUCGGCCGCUGUCGAUCUUAAGUUGGGAAACUACGCAAGUGCCAAAUACGACUGCUCCGAGGCCAUUAGACUGGAUCCUAGAUGCAGCAAAGCCUUCUACAGGCGGGGCCAGGCACAUCGCGCCCUGCGCAACUACGAGGAGGCCAUCAACGAUCUGAAGAGUGCCCACGCUCUCCUGCCGGACAACAAGCAAAUCCUAAAUGAACUGAACGGCACCAAGCAGCUCCUGGCUGAGUACAACCGACAACAGCGUAACGCGCUCAAAAAUCUAUUUGCAUAGUUUCGGGAAUUAGUUGUGUUAAAUGUAAAUACUUACUUAUUAAUAAAUGUUUUUGAGUUAUGAGCAACAGCAGUCAGUGGAUGACUUCC